ACAUGCAAGUAGGUGGGUGAAGCUCCUACUGGCGUGUUGUAGAACGUUUUAGGGAACGCCUCCUCUGUGAAGUGCGCCUGUGCACAAACCCAUUCUGUCUGUAUUGAUGUUGCAUGUAAUUGUGUGGAGUAAAGAAUGACAUAGCCUACUGUCGGAACUAAAUUACCUACCUAACUCACAUUCGACUGAAAAUGUAUCAACUACAGUUAUUGCGCGUGUUUUUAAAUGAGCGUUUAACCGCGGCUGCUGUGGAGAUUUUCGGGGCAGUUGAGAAAACGGUAGUGGAGUACCAGGAGGAGAAUGAUCGGCUACGGAGACUGCUGUGGAUCACACCAGAGAUAAAACAACGUAGAAUAGACUCCCUGCAGCUCUCUCUCGCUGUCUCUGAAGAGGAGGUUCUCCCUGAGCAGCAGCACUGUGAGCAGGAGUGGAGCCCCAGUCUGGGGCAGGAGGACCCCGAGCCCACACAUAUUAAAGAGGAACAGGAGGAAGUCAGGACCAGUCAGAAGGAAGAGCAGCUUCAAGGGCUGGAGGCUGAUAUCAUAGAGUUCCAAUUCACUCCUUCCCGUGUGAAAAGUGAAUGUGAUCAGGAGGACCCACUUUGGUCCUUGACUCUUCUCCAAACCCAGACUGUGGAAAACAAAGAGUGUGACUCUAUACCAGUGGAUCUCAAACCUUUUGGCACUGUGACUCACCUAAAGAGUCUCGCCAUUCCCCGUAACCCUCCAGAUAAUGAUAACAAUGCCUCCAGCCACAGCUCAGCCAUAAGCAGAGACCCAGUAGCACUUGACAGCAGCCCACAAUUGGAUUCCAGCCUACCAUUGGAUCCCCACCCACCACUAGAGAAACGUUCUUCCAAACCCAGCAUGACGUCUAGAAAAACUCACCGCUGCUGUGACUGUGGUGAAAUGUUUGCUCCAAAAGCUGACCUGCUGAGUCAUGUAACUCUAAACAAGAAGAGACCCAGGGAAUACUGCUUCUGCAAAACCUGUACACUGAAGGCCCAUGUCCGACUCUGUCACAUGGAGAAACCCUGCACCUGCCCUGAUUGUGGCAAGUCAUUCAAAUACAAAGGAGAUCUGUCCAGGCACAUGAGGAUUCACACAGGAGAGAAAUAUUUUAGCUGUGGUGACUGUGGGAAAAGUUUCAGUCUCAAGGGGAACCUAAUGAAGCAUAAACUGACUCACACAGGAGCAAAACCUUUUAGCUGUGGUGACUGUGGGAAGAGCUUCAAUCGAAAGGAGAACCUAACCAUGCAUAUACGUACUCACACAGGAGAGAAGCCAUUUAGCUGUGUCGACUGUGGGAAAAGCUUCAGUCUCAAGGGGAACCUAAUGAAGCAUAAAAUGACUCACACGGGAGCAAAACCAUUUAGCUGUGGUGACUGUGGGAAGAGCUUCUCUGUCAAGGGGAACCUAACCACGCACAAGCUGACUCACACAGGGGAAAAACCAUUUACCUGUGGUGACUGUGGGAAGAGAUUCACUCCUAAGGCUUAUCUGCUGAACCACGUCCACAAAGAAAGAAAAUAUGAAGAAAACUGAAAGAAAAAUAUGAAAAACAUGAUCCUUAAAUAUAACAUGUCAAUUUAGUGAAUACCAUUGGUGUUUAAUAUGAAGCUUUCAGCAUGAAAUAUCUUUUAUCUUUUGACUUUUAUUUAUCUUAC